AAUUCAUGGUCAGGAUCCUUUAAAGGUGCUCAAGCAGCUCGAAGGCUCUCAGCUCAUAUUACCCGUUGUAUCAAUAGGGAAUACACCUCAAUUGGCAUGCGAUUUGUUAAUACAUACGUUGCCUGCGAAGCUGGUGGCGAGACUCGAUGAUAUCUAUUUAUACCCGUUUGCAUCACCUGUGGACUAUGUGAAUGAUCCCAAACAAGGAAUAACGUCGGGUUUGGAAAUCUACUACAGUGAACAACACCGGUUGACCAUUUUGCAGCAAAGAUCUCCAAUCUUGCCAGGUCUGACAACCAAGUUUCUAAAGGAAUUGCUAAUCCCAUUCGUGCGUAUGGCACAAUUCGGAAAAGUGGUGAUUUUACAGAGCAACGAUGCUGGCCUUCGUGAGGACAAAAACGUGGACCAUUUGUUUCUACUCUGGGCCAACGAUAUUGCCAAAACUUUUGAGACGUUCAAGAUUUCUGAUAACAGCAUAGGCGUGAUCUCCGAGAGAUCGGAACUCGAUGGCAUGGGAAAACUGAUUAUAGAUGCAUUGGAGGAUCAAAUUGAGGAAACGUCCAGCCUAGGCCCCGAGGUCAAAGGGUCAUUGAAGCUCGCAAGCACACCUUCUGCGUCGAUCGACGCUGUAUUUUUGUCGAUCUUUGUGUACGAGGGCGACAACUCGAACGAUUCCAAGCAACUGGCUUCACAGCUCCUACGUGUGCUACAUAUAAAUCAGCCUGCCGAAUGGACAACUCCGGUCUCCUGGCGUGGAGUGUAUGGCAACAAACAAAUUCUUGUUGGGAUGGAGUAUGGUGUGUACACCUAAAAAUUUUUCAGACCGUAGAUAAGUAAGGGAAACUAACUAUUGGAGGCGAAAAAAGGGCGAUAGACAAGCACCAACACCGUAAUUUGGUUACAUUGCGAGCCUUGCAUUAUAGAUACCACUUUUGUUCUCGCAUCUGGGUAGAAGCUGCUCGAGUUGCUAAAUGUCGGAUGGCAAUUUGAUCACCAAGAUGCUCGCUGACGCUGCGGCGGAGGCUGAAAAGGAAAAACAGCAGCGGCAGGAAGCCAAGGAGGUUCCUGCUCGUGCUAACGAGGAUACGUCUUCAAAGGAUGCCACACAGCGUUCUACCAAGCAGUACGUCUACUCUCUGGAAUUCCUAGUGUCGUUGAAGGAAUCGCCUCUGUGUGCAGAUGUUUCCCAUUUGAACCUGCCAAGUAACCAGCACGAGUUUUUCCUUUUGGACCAGCCGAAACGUACCGCUUAUGUUAAUCACAACAACCACAAAUACCCAAACCAGCGUGGUAGAAAAGACAGAAAGAAGGACACAAGAAGGACAGCCAAAGAGCCAGAGGAGCCACCAGAAUGGGUACUCAAAUCAGAUGCAAUCACAGGAAACUCUAUCCACGAUUUUGAGCUAUGGAGACUCAAGAUGCGGAUAGAAACCUUCAGAAGGAAUGGCGAGCCCGUUCCUGAGGAGGAUGCCAGCCAAUACGAGUAUUUGAAGGCACAAAAGGCCGAGAGCGCGGUGGCAGCUGACCCGUUGAGCCAAAUUGCUCAAAAGCCAGCGAACAGGCCUGAGUCCGACUUCCAUGAACCAAAUCAGGAUCCUUCCGUGAAGCCAGACGCUCUCACCACGUCGAGUUCGGGCUCGUCCAGAUUCUCAAGCUUUUUUGGUCCUGAACAAACAAACAAACAGCCCCAACAGAGCCAGACCAAAGAUGAAUCGAAGCUGCUAUCGUUACUUCAAAAUUCCGGACAGCAGGUGCCACAAGCGCAACCAAUGCCGCAGGAAAUGCGCCAGGUGGCUAUGCCGCCAGGACUGGCCCCAACAGCUGCCAUGGGGCCUAUGGGGCCUAUGGGACCGCUCCCACCAAUGGGAGCCAUGCCUCUUAUGGGCCAUCCUCCAUCUUCGAACGCUGACAUGUUUUUCAACUCUCUGUUGUCCAAGGCUCCGGCUCCCGGACCUGCUCCGUUCUUGCCUCCAGGGCUCUUUUUACCAUUUUCAGAAAAAAAGUAA